UCUAACCUUCUACUCCCAAAUAUAACUGCGUUCGUAGAGCCCGGCAAAGGACCGAUAUACCGUUAGUAAAUUUAAAGUGGAUUUCUGUGAUCAGGACCACUAGACAGCCAUGGAAGAACUUACCGCCUUCGUUUCCAAAUCUUUCGACCAGAAAGCCAAGGAAAGCAAUAAGAAGGAGAGUAUCACGUACAGGGAAGUUUUGGAGAGUGGCUUAGCACGAGCCAGGGAACUGGGGAACUCGGAGACAAAUCUUCAGGACAUUACUGAAACCAGCAACCAUUGCCCGGUUCACCUUUACAAAGACCACGUAGAGCUGGAAAAGGAAAAACUGAAGGAGUUCAAUGUAACGAGGGCUUCGGAAGGAAUAUAUGAAUGCAAGGAGAAGAAAGAAGAAGUGAAAUCUGAAGAUGAGGAUGGACAGAGCAAACUAAAGCAGAGACGGAGUAGGACAAAUUUUACUUUAGAGCAACUGAAUGAACUGGAAAGACUCUUUGAUGAGACGCACUAUCCAGAUGCCUUCAUGAGAGAGGAACUAAGUCAGAGAUUGGGACUGUCAGAGGCUAGGGUUCAGGUUUGGUUUCAAAACAGAAGAGCUAAAUGUCGAAAACAAGAAAACCAAAUGCACAAAGGUGUCAUUUUGGGUACAGCUAGCCAUUUGGAUGCCUGCCGUGUCGCCCCUUACGUGAAUAUGGGUGCUUUAAGAAUGCCUUUCCAACAGGUCCAAGCCCAGCUGCAGCUCGAAGGAGUGACACACACCCACCCUCACCUCCACCCUCACCUGGCUGCACACGCCCCCUAUCUCAUGUUCCCGCCCCCUCCUUUUGGACUACCAAUCGCGUCGCUCGCAGACUCCGCCUCCGCUGCAGCGGCUGUCGCCGCGGCCGCCAAGAGCAACAGCAAGAACUCCAGUAUCGCUGACCUCAGACUCAAGGCACGAAAGCACGCCGAGGCGCUGGGACUCUGACCUCCACGGGCUUCUGCGGUGCUGCGAACUUUCAUAAUUGCUUCUCACACAAGACUGCGUCUGUUGGAAAGGCCAUGACACACACACAGUUAAAAGAGAAAAAAAAAACUACAAAGAAAAUUGUCACAGAACCAGCUGCCAAAACAACCACUUGUAGAGAUGAUAUGUAAACGCCAAUGAAAUCACCUUUCUUAUUUAAACCAACAGGCAAGACUCGACUGAAGGUAAAUGAUAUAGCCCGUUAUGGUCACCUUUGGCUUGAAAGAACAGAGCCCGAGGAACAUGCAGAAAUGUCUGGAGGUCGGGAGUCAUGACCUGCAUAUAAGAUUGUGAAGACUCAAAAACACAAAACAUAAACCAACAAAAGACCUAAUGAGACAGACCAACGAAAGCAAGAACCCGAAUCAUACUUAAAGACAACCUGUGUGGACAGAAAGACACUGAGGCCUUGUAUGCUCACGUUUGCAAAAAUGGCCAUAGUCCGCCAGCCACUGUGUUCCUGCCUCUGACCAGUGCAUGUGUCCGACUGAAGUAAAGACGUACAGUAUUUGGGGCUGGCCUCCAUUUUACCUGAGAUGUGUCCAACUCUGUUAAUCACUGCCAUGAAAAUCUUCCACUAAUUGAAAUCUUCUGCAAAGGUUUCUCAUUUUUAUUUAUUUUUUUGAGCUGUGGAUGCGGUGGAAGUAGCAAUAACACAGCAGUAUUGGCGAUGUGCUUGAUUCUUUCUUUUUUUGGGGGGGAGGAUUUUUGUUUGCUGUAUUUCUGCUGGAUAUGUGUCACCAGGGUCAAUGUACAUUCAGAAUACUUUUACGAUCAUGUUCGCGCUAAAACCAGUCAUGUUUUCGACCCGGGAAAUUAAGUAAGAAUAGCUGUUGCACUUCAGGUUGUGUUUCUCGUUGUUUACAGUCCAUGCUACAAGCAAAUGAAUCUUUUAAAUGAGAGGGAAAAUACAGUGCAGAUUGGGCUCACAUGCUGAGAUCUGCAAACCCUAUUCAGUGUCACCGAAAAGGGUAGCAUUUUGGAUUAAAGCCGUGCUCUCUCUGGAGGUAUGGGUUUGAGUCUCACUGAUGCCAUUUAUGCCAAGAGCUAGGCAUUUGACUCUUCAUUUAUGGAAGUGCAUUUAAAGCCAAAAACAGAUGGCACUUAGUUACCCAAAGGUUGUGGGAGUGUGGAAGAAACGUCCCACCUAUGUUGAUGAAGCUGAUCAAUUUUCUUGACUCCUUCAAGAAAAAGCUGUAUGAGAUUCUUGGAUCAAUUCAUUACUAACUACCAAACGGGCUAGGUGGGUCGAACGACCUUCUUGUGUUCUGUAUGUUAUGUUCUAAAAGGCAGUAGAGAGACAUGUUUGAAAAAGGACAAAGGGUAACUGCAAUUAUUUAAUUUUAAAUAUAAAUGAAGCAACAUUAUAACUGAAAUGCAAUUAUGUGCAGUAAAGUGCAAUACUGUAAAUAUUUCUAAAAACGUUUAGUCAGAAUAGCAGUAAAUUGUUAAUGAGAUAAAAAAAACAGCAACUUGCAUUUUUUUUGGCACUGAGAUCAAUGUGAUGAGUUCUUUGCCAAGCCAACAACUUUUUUUCAAAGAGAUGUAAAUUGUAUUAAUUCAUAAGCAAUCAUGUGCCAUAACUCCUGGAGUUUGGUGGUAUUUAAACAUAGUUUUGUACACAUAAACAGAAACAAAUAAUCAAUGAUAACUUGUUGAGGUAGACAAAGCACUUUUAUUUGUUGUUGUACAGUUCAAUUGCAGAAGGACUAGGAUCUGAAAACACUAAUAAACAACUGUUUAAAGUAUUGACACCAAUUAAGCCAUUUUGAAGUCCACCAAAGUUUAAAGAUGUAUUCUAUUAAAGUGAACAGCUUAUCAGGGGCUUUGUGAGUUACUUUUAUUUAAUACCUGGUAUGAAUUUCCAUCGUACCUUUUCAUAAGAAAAUUAGCUUUUUGUAAUUACUGUAAUUACUUAGCAAGUUCAGUAAUUAUAUAACAAAUUCCUCACAAGUUAAAAUUAAUAUUGAAAGGAAAGACAAACAUGCUUGUUUUAUUCAACAUCAAGCUAAAACCCAAUGAGAAAUGUAAUAUCGGAGGGUGUCAAUUUAUUUUUACUUUACAUUUUCUUAAUUGACUAUUUAUAUUAAAGGGUCCCUUUACUUUGAUACAUACAAAUCUCAACCAAUAGUAUGAACAGUUUUAUUUUAAGCUGGGUGUUAAAUGCUGAUAACUAUGUUCCACUCCAAAAUGAAAUGGACUGCUUUGUCAAUACUUCACCAUUGCCUUUGAACAAUACUGAUCCUAGUACAGGUCUACCUCUAACAAUAUAUUAUUAGUUGUGAAACCAAUUUUUUUCUCUCUUCACAAGCCAUCUUAGCAGUCAUUUAGCAAUGUUUCCAUUUUAUAUGAUUGAAUUUAUGGGUGCUUUUAUUUAUUGUUUUGUUUGAAAGUUUAUAAAUGAGG